AUGCUUUGCCGCAGCAUUCUGUGUCGUUGUGCGGCGGUUGCCGCGCCCUUGCAUGCGGGAAAAAGGCCGCUGUUGAACACGGAAAAAAAGCACGGCUUCACACAUAAAGAUACGCGUCGUAUUGAUGAGCUCAACCUGGUUGCCUACGAGUGGCGGCAUGACGCGACGGAGGCGGUUUAUUAUCAUAUCGACACAGACGACCGGAACUGCACCUUUUGCAUUGGGUUUCGCACUCCAGCCGAAAAUAAUAAAGGGGCUUCCCACGUGUUGGAGCACACGGUGCUGUGCGGCAGUAAAAAAUACCCUGUGCGGGAUCCCUUUUUUAUGAUGAUGCGCCGCUCUUUGAGUACAUUUAUGAAUGCCAUGACAGGUGCCGAUUACACUCUGUAUCCAUUUGCCACAACUAACCAGCAGGACUUCUGCAACCUACUGGAUGUGUACCUUGACGCCGUUUUUUAUCCACUUUUGCGUGAAGAGGAUUUUAAACAGGAGGGUCACCGUGUGGAGGUUGAGACGGCCGGAGAGGGAAUGGGGAAGCGGUUGGUGUACAACGGAGUCGUGUUUAACGAGAUGCGAGGGGUGGUGUCGGAGCCGUCGCAGCACUACGCACAUUCACUCAUGAGGCUCAUGCUUCCAGGAACGCACUACGAACACAUCUCCGGCGGAUACCCACCGGAUGUGUUACAGCUUACCCACGAAGAACUUGUGGCAUUUCACGGGAAGCACUACCACCCCAGCAACAGCAUCACCCUCACAUACGGGGCGCAGAACCCGGAGAAUUGGAUGGAGAUCCUUAACAAAUACUUCUCUUCCUUCUCCAAGGGCGGGGUGGUAACCGUACCCACUCUGGCCCCUGAACAACGCUUCCAUCAGAUGAAGAAGAUAUCACUGCAGGGCCCCCUCAACUCGAUGGGCAAUCCGCAGCGUCAGAAGCGUAUUUCGGUUUCUUUUGGAGUGCAGCAGGAAGACAAUCGGUUGGAGGAUAUGGUGGAUUUGAGCGUGUUGGAUUCAUUGCUCUCAAGUGGUCCCAGUUCCCCGCUUUAUCAGGCACUUUUGGAGUCACAGAUUGGUAGUCACUACGCACCGAUGCGAGGGUACUCCUCUUAUCUCUCUUCACCGUUUGUGUCGUACGGCGUCGAAGGCGUGGACGAGGCUCGACCAAACGCGGAAGAGGAAGUAUUAAACGCCGUUAUGUCAACUCUACAAAAGGUGGAGAAGGAGGGCUUUGAUCAGCGCCGAGUGCAGUCCGUUAUCUUCCAAGAGGAACUGCAGCAACGCCACCGUGCUGCGGACUAUGGAGUGAGUCUUUGCACGGGGCUUUGCUCAAUGGGCCUGUGCCGCGCCGCAAAUAAUCCGCUGGACUUCAUUGAUUGGUUGCCACACCUGCGGCGACUGGGGGAACAACAGGUGGCACCACUUCUCCCACGCAUCUCGAGGAACCUUCUGAAGAAUCCCCAUUGCGCAUUGGUGUCGGUCUCGGCGAAGAAGGAGUUUUUGGACUCUCUCCGUGAUUCACUGCGGUGUAUGGAGGAGAAGCUAAAUGAGGGUGUCCCGGAUGCUCGAAAGGAGGAGAUUGAGGCAGAAACGGCAAGUUGGCUUGAGCGUGUUCGUGCACCACAAAAUGGUGAUAUUCUCCCUGGUCUCACCGUGAAGGACAUUCCACGUCAGUCAUUUUUGGAGCCCACCCCGCAACAGGCAAACCGCGGUGAUCUUGCAUCUCUUUACACCAUUUUAAAUCCGACAAACGGAUUGGUGUAUGUGCAUGGACUCGUGCCUUUUUGCUCGUCAUUGAUGUCAUCUAUCCAAGGCAGCGGUUCCGUUGAAAACCUGGCAGAUGUUCCCUUGUGGCACUCUCUUCUUGGAAACCUGGGUGCGGGAAGUUACUCCUUCAAGGAACUCGACAUUGCCACAGAACUUGUGUGCAGCGGUUUUACCUUUUCCCCGAUAAUUAACCAGUCCUAUCGACAAAAGUCUGAGUACAUUCUUGGCACCACCCUCGGAUUCUACACGACAAAGGAGAAGCUGCGGGAAGCCUUGGAGCUUUUGAAAGUGAUACUCCUUGAGCCACGCACCUCUUCCAAAGACGAUGAUGUGUGUGGUCGCGUCCUGUCUCUCACCAAAGCACGUUGCUCCAAAGUCAUUCAACGCCUGCAGCAUUACGGUCACCGUGUUGCCACAACACUGGCGGUCUCGCGCUUGACGCGCUGCGGAGCCGUGAAGGAAGAAUGGUCCGGCCUCACGCAGUCAACUCAUUCUUCUCUCUUGCUGGAGAAGCUUCAAAACAGCGAUGAAGCAACUGUGCGCAACGUCAUUGUGAAUAUUUUAAACUCCCACGAAGUGUUUGCCCAAUCCCUGGCGUCAAACGUCCGUCAUGGCACCUUUUGGGCAACAUGCGAAGAGGAGCACCGAAAGGAGGUGGAAACGAUGCUGGCGGCCUUCUUGCAGGGUUUUCCUUCUGUUUCUUCAAGUGCGUCAGUCUCAGUACGAAACUCUUUACAGGUACUAGAGCGAUCUAUCGGCGCAACGCAGAUCCGCAAGCCUCUGCCCAUCGAUACGUCCUACGUUGGUUUUGCUGCUGCAAACGAGUUGGACUGGCAUCACCCGCAGCAGGCACCGUUACGGGUGGCGUGCCAGUUGCUCGGAAAUGAGUACCUGCACCGCCGCAUUCGCGAAGAAGGUGGGGCCUACGGCUCAGGUGCGGAUGCCACCCUUAGAGGGGAGGUGGGUGGCAUUACCAUGUCCAGCUACCGCGACCCGACGCCGGAGCAAACAAUCCGCGUCUUCCAGGAGGCUGCGGAUUGGCUUGGAAGUGCGGACAAUGUUACGCAAGUGAGGGUCGACGAGGCGAAACUUCGCAUCUUUGCGAGCAUUGACGCGCCAUAUUCUGCUGACAGCUACGGUGAAUCCUACUUUCUACAUGACGUGCAUCCAACACAGAAGCAGGCGUUGCGGGACGCUUUAUUGAGUGUUGAGCCCAAAGACGUUAUAAGCGUGGCGCGGUACUUUAAUGUGAGCGGCGAAGCGUCGGCUGUGGUAAGUGUGUUGUGCCCGGAGGCGGCCGUUAAUGAGCAGUAA